UGAUUCAAUAUUUGGAUAGAUGUGGUAUCCAUAGAGCUCUGACCACGUGGCGAAAUUUGCGCCAAAAAAUCAAAUCCAAAAAACAGAGUAAGUCAUCAUCUUUCACUCCAAAUCUUCCAAUCACUCAAAUCAUUCUCUCAUGGCAGUUUCUUCCUCCCUUCCGCCGUCAACCGCCGCAACCUCCGUCGUUCGCAAAUCCCAUCUCCUCUCAGCAACCUUCUCCUUCCCCGCUUCUUUACUACCUCCCUCCACCAAAUCACCACAAAGACACAUUCAAAGAUUACUCCUAGCUUCCUCCUCCGCCUCCGCAUCCACCGUUCCUUCCGAUUCCAAACCGGCAAAAAAAGAAACAGUCUACUUCGAUGGCGGAGCUCAUUACGGAGAUCUACUAGCCAAUCUCAUCCUAGGUCUAACCAUCCUUUGGCUGCCACUAACCUUAGCCGCCGUAUCCCGAGCCUUUAACCUCCGUUACAGGUUCACAAACCUCCGCGUGACGGUGAUUUCGGGACUCACCGGAGAAGACCGGAGCGAUUUCUCGUACAAAGUGAUUAAAGACGUUCAAGUUGUGCCGAGGUUUAUCGGAGAAUGGGGAGAUAUCAUCAUCACAUUGAAAGAUGGAACAAAAGUGGAUUUGAGAAGUGUUCCUAAGUUCAGAGAGAUUGCUAAAUAUUGUUUAUCUAUGGCUGAUCAACCUGCUGUUUUGAAAGAAUCUGGUGCUAAAGGCUUUUGAUUAUUUCUCAUUUCUGGUCAAAAUUGAUUCUUCUUGUUCUUGUUAUGUUUUUUUUUCAAUAGAAAUCGAAUCCUUUACAUGUUCUUUCUUCCAGUUGUUAUUGAUUUAUUCGUCUCUGUAUCGUUAAGGCGAUCGUGUCUACAAAACUCCGCGUUUUUUGGCUCUACAAUAGGAAACGGCGUGAAUUUUGGAUUGUAUUGAAACGGCAAGUAGUUCUCUUUUAGAUUAGAUAAA